CUUAGUCCUUCUUGGAAAGAGAUUGAACCUCGGACUUUGCACGCUGGUGAUGUCCAGUCGCACGUCCCUCACUUUGCUCAACAAGGAAGCACUCGAAGAAUCCCAAACUCGACUUUUUGCUCGCAUUGCAGAACUUCUACAGCAUCAUCAAGACCGCAUCGAAAAGAAGUUCGAGAGCCUGGAUUCAAAGGCUGGAGAUCUUUCACCUGGCUUCAGGCUCAUUGACACCCGGACAUCAUUACAACCAAUUCCGCCCGCAGGUGAUGAUUGUCCAGAGCAAAAAAGGUCUCCCAUCCACAAGGAGACCAAGGACGAGACUGCUCUUGCGAGACCCAUGAGGGUAUCGUUGGGAUUUAUGCCCAACGAAUAUCAGUCGGAAGUUUCGCAAAUGAGCGGAUAUAGUCCUGCAAGCUCCACCAGCAUGAGUGGCAUCGAGAGGGGAGACCGGCCGAAAAAGGUAGCUUCCAGAAACAGGGACUUGGAGAUCAUGCAGGGGCAAAUGCGGAUGGCCGCCUUGAGACGCCAAUCCACCCGGAUCAGCGGAAGGUCACGCAAAGGCCCAGGCGGCCCAGGCGGCCCAGGCGGCGGGCUUGGCAUCAGUCAGGAGAUGGAGGACCGAAGAAGAUCGACUCAAGUGACUCAAAGAUCUACUGAAAGGUCGAAUGGACCCAGCGCAGAGGAGGAGACCAAGCCCGAAGGAGAACGGCGGAAGAGCGUUCGCGAGGAGGCUCCAGUUGUGGCAAACCGCAGGAAGAGUGUGAAGCGGACGGUGUUUGCCCACGCGCAUGACGAGUCUGAAGCGAUGCGAGAUUAUGCUCGACAGCUACACCAAAUGAAGACGCCAGACGUGGCAAUCACUGAAGGCUCACAAGGUGUGGGCGACACCUUACGUCAAAGAAUCCGCGGCAUUGUCAGCUCAGUUUUCUUUGAGGCCUUGGCUGGUUGCAUCAUCCUCUCAAACGCUGUGGUUAUCGGCUUGGAGGUCGAGUACAUGGCCAUCAAUCGCGAGUACAGAUCACCCGUAUGGUUUCAGACCCUUCACCUACUGUAUGCAGUGGUGUUUGCUUUGGAGCUGGGCCUUAGGGUCUGUGCAUUCGGUUCAGAUCUCUACAACGAUGGAGAUUUGUUCCGUUGGACUUGCCUGGAUUUCAUCAUCGUUGUUUCUUCCUUUAUUGACGUUGCUUUGGCAUGGAGCAUCCAGGAGAGCAAGGAGGAUGCGACUGGAAGUUCUUCCUCUGGACUAUCCGCUAUUCGGAUCAUGAGAGUGAUUCGCAUCAGUCGGCUCAUUCGUGUGACACGCAUUGCGAAGCUGAUGAUGUGGCUAAAGGCACUCCGGACCUUGAUCCACUCGAUUAUUGUGACUCUCAAAUCAUUGGUAUGGGCACUGGUGCUCUUGGUUCUGCUGUGGUACGUCUUUGCCAUCAUAUUGUCUCAAGCUGCGAUCGAACGUCUUGUGCUUUUGCAGGAUAUUCCAAAAGAUCAAUGGAUACCUGGUGAUGUGGCCUUGGAGUUUUGGUGGGGCUCUUUGGGUGAUUCAGUGUCUACUCUCUUCAUGUCCAUAACGGGAGGUAUUUCCUGGCAGAUCGCAGAGAACCCAUUGUUCGCACUUUCUGGAGCAUGGAAGGUUGUGUUCUUUGCGUACAUCAGCUUUACAACCUUUGCUGUGUUAAAUGUCAUGACCGGGGUCUUCUGCCAAUCUGCUAUAGAAAGCGCAGCGCGGGAUCACGACAUGGCGAUGCAGAACGUAAUGCAAGACAAUCGCGCCUUCAUGAGAAAGUUUAGCCAUCUCUUCCACAUGUUGGACCAGGAUGAUACAGGUUUCAUAACUUUGGUGGAACUUGAAGAGCGCAUGGAGGAUCCUGACGUGAAGACGUAUUUCGAAGCUUUAGAACUUAGUAUAGAUGAUGUGUGGACAUUCUUUAGGCUCCUUGAUGGAGAUAGCGGGCAAGAGAUUGACAUGGAUGAGUUUUUGUAUGGAUGCAUGCGCUUGAGGGGCGAAGCAAAAGCCUUGGACUUGGCAAAGUUAAUGCAUUCCCACGCCUGGCUUGCGAAGCAACAGGUGGACUUCAUGAUGUUCUGUGAAGAGAAGUUUGUGCAGAUCCAGGGCUUUUUGGCCGAUGGUGUUCUCGAAGCUUGGCAUUUGCAAAGCUGAGGAGACCGAGGAAUCUUUAGGAACCACGGUCUCCACGGAAUGUCAUUUUCUGGACCUAACGUGGGUCUGAUUUUCCGUGCUCGUCAGGUGCCAAAACAGAGGUCGCACUGUGACCGUCACAGAA